AUGCCGCAAGAAUUGUUGGUGUACCUUGCGGACGCCUGCGGCACCAUAACUGGCAAAGCAAUGCGUUCUCACUACCUCACCCUCCGUGACGCCAAGGCAACCAUGUCGGUGUACUCGCACAAGGGCAACACCCUGCCACGGACGGUGCAGAAAUGCCGGCUCCAGUUCCAGACGGAGUCACACGCCAAACUGACGCUCACCUUCGUCAAGCUGGACACCACCCAGAAGCCUUUCGUUUGCUACAUGUACCUCAAGCUCUACAUGUCGGACAGGCCAGACGUCGUGUGCGGAAGGGAUGCCUCGAGCAAAAGCAUCUCCACCACGGGACCCCAGAUGGCGCUGGAAUGGGUCAUCAACAGUGGCGGCGACAAGCCCGGGGGAAUUCACAUGGUUCUCACCAGCUACAGGGAUAGCGAUAUCUCCGGAAACUGCGAAUCUGACAUGUACUCGUGCAGCAACCGACGUUGCAUCUUCCGAGGUUUCGUGUGCGACGGCAUCAACAAUUGCGGCGACAGCAGUGACGAAAGGCUGUGCAUUGGCGGUCGCCAGGACCACACCCUCGUCUUGGCCAUAGUGGUACUUGCCCUGCUCUUCGUGGUCGGUGUCGGUGUCGUGAUGCAGAUCGCCUACAACCGCCGUGUGACUCGGAAACCCGGCAGCAAACACGCGAAACUUUGA